AAGAACGACGUUAACGGGACAUGCAUCAAACCAUAGAAAGCGGAAGAAGAAAGACGACGACGACGGAAGAGAUCAACACUGCAGAAACCUAGAGACAAGAAGAACGAAGACGAGGAAGAAGAAGAACGUCCAUUUGAACAUUGAAAUUUCUCACCAUAGGAAUAUGCAUACAUCAUUGUGGUAUCUACCUCCUAAGAUUUCUCAUUUAGGUUGUGAAAGCUCCAAAUAGAGGUCUACGGAGCUAAUCUUAUCCUCUCUCGCUCUCUGACUUUAUAAUUUUAUGAGGAAUGGAGCCUUUGAUUGAGCUAUGCGACUUGGUUGCGAAGAAUCCCAACAAUUUCAGAGAAAAACUCUCUUGGAUGUGCGGAAGAUGUCCUACACCAGAGGGGCUUAUUUCUGGAUCUCCUUGCGUGACUCGUCCUCAGCUCAAUGCGGUUAUUGCUGUAGCCAGAUUUCUUUCUAAAUGCCCUGACCACAGUGAUAUUCGUCCCGAGUCGCUUGUCCUUGGCUUCCUCCGCUCCGUCCCGGCUUCAUUUAGCCAGUCCUUCUGGCCGAACUCGUUUGGGGAAGACGCUAUUGCCUCUUCUUAUAAAGAUUUUCUCGGGUAUGUAGUAAAGGCGACAGAAUUGUCUGAGGACUUUGCUUCGGAAGUGGCUGAGUGCAUGGGAGAGAUCUUGAUCUCGGCUGUUAGUAAUGUGAAAGGAGAUUUAGGGAUUUGUAGGUCGUUCCUGAGGGCGUUAGCUCAUAGUUUUCUGCCAAUUCUUCCGCAAGAUGGUGAUAAGUUGAUUACUUGUUUGUUUGAUAACUUUGUGAGUAAUGGCUCCAGUGGUUUCUCUCCUGGAACUGUAUCAUCUUCUACGAGUUCUCCUGCAAGCCGGUCUCAGCAAAAUGGACGCAAUAGUCCACGGAAUGGAGUAAGCAUGACCUCUGGUUCAUCAAGCAGUGCUGCUUCAAAGGUUGCUGAUGAUGCCACUACUGCAUCUUCAAGAGGCUCUGGGAUGAAUGGUGGGAGAAGUGCUGACAAUGUUAAGCGAAUGAUAGCAUCUUUUGAGGAGGAGAGUCUGGAAAGCCUUGAGAAGCAAGAAAUUGCAUUUACAUUGAUCACACACAUCUUGGAUAAAGCUGAAGUUGAUAUUAAGUUGGUGGAGGUUGUAAUGAAGUUUGUCACUGAGCAGUUACAAUUAAUGCUUGCUUUUCUUAAGAUAAGGAAAUCUGACUGGACAGAACAAGGGCCUCAACUCAAAGCUAGAGUUAAUGCAAAAAUAUCUGUUUACCAGGCUGCUGCUAAGUUAAAAGUUAAAAGCUUAUCAUCCCUAAAUCUGGAUGCAAAGGCAUCAAAACACAUGGCACUCAGAUCUGCCAGUGCAUUGAUAGAUGGUGCCAAAGCAUGCUUAUCAUCUGUGUGGCGGAAACUGAGAGUUUGUGAAGAACUCUUCAGCUCGUUGCUUGCUUUAAUUGGGAAAAUCGCCCUGACUCGAGAAGGUCAGCAGCUUCGAGUUUUACUAAUUCACUUCAAAAUACUUGUUCAAGAAGUAUGUCUGCAGGUUGACACUUGUGGUGCUAGCCAGGGGGUUAUGUUUGAGAGUGUCCUCAAGACAAGCUGUCAGAUAAUCGAAUUUGGUUGGAACACGGAUCGGUCUCCAAUUGACACUUUUAUAUUGGGGCUAGCAACAAGUAUUCGUGACAGAAAUGAUUAUGAGAGCCAGGAUGGGAAAGAGAAGCAAGUGGCUCCAAUUAUGCAGCUUAACAUCAUACGUUUACUAGCUGAUCUGACUGUUUCAGUGAAGAAGCCUGAGGUUGUAGACAUGAUAUUACCUCUGUUCAUUGAAUGUUUGGAAGAGGGUGAUGCAUCAACUCCUGGCUUGAUGCGACUAAGACUUCUUGAUGCUGUUUCAUACAUUGCAAGUUUGGGUUUUGAAAAGUCAUAUCGAGAAACAAUUGUUCUGUUAACAAGAGGCUACUUAAGUAAGUUAAGCAGCGUUGAAUCAACUGAAAGCAAGACACUGGCACCAGAAGCCACUACAGAACGUGUUGAGACUCUUCCUGCAGGACUUCUGUUAAUCGCUAAAGCUCUUACCAACAGUAAAUUGCGUUCCGACUAUCGUCAUCGAUUACUCUCAUUGUGCUCAGAUGUAGGUCUAGCUGCCGAGUCCAAAAGUGGAAGGAGUGGAGCAGAUUUUCUUGGACCACUACUACCUGCCGUUGCUGAGAUAUGUUCGGACUUUGUUCCCAGUGUGGAUGUGGAACCUUCACUUUUAAAGUUGUUCCGCAACCUUUGGUUCUAUAUUGCUCUCUUUGGGUUAGCACCACCCGUAGAGAAGAAUCAAGUUGCAACGAAGUCAGUUUCAGCUACAUUGACCAGUGUUGGAAGUAUGGGCUCUGUUGCUUUUCAAGCUGUGGGAGGACCCUACAUGUGGAGUUCCGAUUGGUCUGUUGCAGUUCAACGCAUUGCUCAAGGGACACCACCUCUUGUGGUAAGCUCUGUUAAAUGGCUUGAGGACGAGUUGGAGCUUAAUGCACUUCACAAUCCUGGUAGCCGACGAGGAAAUGGCAAUGAAAAAGCAGCUGUUACCAACAGAACUGCGCUUUCUGCUGCUCUGGGUGGACGAGUUGAAGUUGCAGCCAUGAGCACCAUUUCAGGUGUGAAGGCAACUUAUCUUCUUGCGGUAGCAUUUCUAGAGAUAAUACGCUUCAGCAGUAAUGGAGGCAUUCUUAAUGGUGAUUCUAGUAUCAUUGCUUCCAGAAGUGCCUUCAGCUGCGCUUUCGAAUACCUAAAGACCCCAAAUCUUAUACCAUCUGUCUCCCAGAGCUUGACUGCAGUGGUCCACCAGGCAUAUGAAGCAGCAAUUUUAUGGCUGGAGGGUCAAAUAUCUGAGACUGGGGAUGCUGCUGAGAUCAGAGAAUCCGUCCUCUCCGUACAUGCUUCUUUUCUCAUUAAAAGUAUGUCUCAGAGGGAGGAAAAUAUCCGCAAUCUCUCUAUUAGCUUGUUGACUCGUCUUCGAGACAAGUUCCCUCAGAUCUUGUGGAACUCCUCUUGUCUGGACUCCCUCUUAUUUUCAGUGCCUAAUGAGUCACCUUCUCUUGUUAAUGAUCCUGCAAUGAUUGCCACUAUUCGAUCCUUAUUUCAAAAGAUUGUUGGAGAAUGGAUCAUUGUCUCUCUUUCAUUUGCCCCAUGCACUACCCAGGGUCUUCUACAGGAAAAGAUUUGUAAAGCUAACGCAUGGCAGAAAGCACAGCCUGCGACAGAUGUGGUCUCACUUUUGUCUGAGAUAAAGAUUGGAACUGGAAAAAAUGAUUGUUGGACUGGCACAAAGACUGCAAAUAUCCCAGCAGUUAUGGCUGCUGCAGCUGCAGCAUCAGGAGCAAACUUGAAAUUGAUGGAUGCCUUCAAUUUGGAAGUGCUUAACAGUAGUAUUAUUAGUGCAACAGCCAAGUGCAAUCAUGUAGGUGAAAUUGCAGGCAUGAAAAGGCUAUAUGAUAGUAUAGGUGGUAUCCAACCAGGUGCUUCUCAAACAGGCUUUGUAGUCACACUUCAGAAGUUGAAAUCUGGAGUUUUUCCUCCUCAAUUGCCACCUCAAAGUGAAACUUUCAAUGAGAUGAUGUUGACCAAGUUUGUGCGUCUACUUCAACAAAUUGUCAAUACCGCAGAAAAAGGUGGUGAAGUUGAUAAAGCUUCAUUUCGUGAAACUUGUUCACAGGCUACUGCAUUGCUUCUUUCUCAGCUGGAUUCUGAUUCAAAGUCCAACAUGGAGGGCUUCUCACAACUUCUACGACUUCUUUGCUGGUGUCCGGCUUAUAUUUCGACACUUGAUGCAAUGGAAACUGGUGUAUUCAUAUGGACAUGGCUAGUUGCUGCUGCUCCACAGUUAGGAUGCCUUGUCCUCGCAGAGCUUGUGGAUGCAUGGUUGUGGACAAUUGAUACCAAAAGAGGUCUCUUUGCGUCUGAAUUGAGGUACUUUGGGCCUGCAGCAAAAUUAAGGCCUCAUCUUGCACCUGGCGAGCCUGAAGCUCCUCCCGAAAAGGAUCCUGUGGAACAAAUAAUUGCUCAUAGACUAUGGCUAGGUUUCUUCAUUGACCGAUUUGAGGUGAUUCGACAUGACAGUGUUGAGCAACUCUUGCUUCUUGGUCGGUUAUUACAAGGAACCACAAAUCUCUACUGGAACUUUUCACGUCAUCCAGCUGCUACUGGUACCUUUUUCACUCUAAUGCUUUUCGGGCUAAAGUUCUGCUCAUGCCAAUCUCAGAGCAACCUGCAAAAUUUUAGAAUGGGCCUUCAGCUGCUGGAAGACCGAAUAUAUAGGGCCUCUUUGGGCUGGUUUGCUUAUGAGCCUGAGUGGUAUGAUAUAAACAACACGAUCUUUUCUCAGAUUGAAGCUCAAUCUGUCUCCGUCUUUGUUCAUCAUCUUCAAAAUGAGCAUACAGGCUCUCCACUUGAUCCAAAAGGACGGGUGCGGGAAAAUGGAAGCUCUUUCAAUGAAUUGAAAGAUCAGUACCAUCCAGUGUGGGGUCACAUGGAAAACUAUGAAGUUGGUAGAAACAAGCGAAAACAGUUACUUUUGAUGCUCUGCCAGCAUGAAUCGGACAGGCUUGAAGUUUGGGCUCAGCCCACUAACUCUAAGGAAAGUACUCCAUCUCGUCCCAAAAUCACCUCAGAUAAGUGGAUUGAAUAUGCCAGGACUGCUUUUGCUGUUGAUCCUCGCAUUGCAUUCUGCUUGGUCUCCAGGUUCCCCACAAAUGCAUUUCUGAAGGCUGAAAUGACUCAGCUGGUUCAGGUAAACAUAGUGGAACUUCGCUCCAUCCCUGAGGCUUUGCCAUAUUUUGUUACCCCGAAGGCUGUUGAUGAAAAUUCACCUCUUUUACAACAACUUCCCCACUGGGCAGCCUGUUCAAUCACGCAGGCAUUUGAGUUUCUUACACCACAAUAUAAAGGUCAUCCACGAAUUAUGGCCUAUGUUCUUAGAGCUUUGGAAUCCUAUCCUCCAGAGCGAGUAACCUUCUUCAUGCCACAACUUGUGCAAGCCUUACGCUAUGAUGAAGGGAAAUUGGUGGAAGGCUACCUGGUCAGAGCGGCCCAUAGAAAUGACACUUUUGCCCAUAUUCUCAUAUGGCAAAUGGAGGGUGAACUUGUACCUGAAUCCGGAAAAGAUCCUGCUUCUGGCAAGAAUAGUUCUUUCCAAGCAAUAUUGCCUAUUGUGAAGCAAAGGAUAAUCGAUGGUUUUAAUCCAAAGGCCCGGGACAUGUAUGAAAGAGAAUUUGACUUUAUUGAUAAAGUGACAUCAAUAUCUGGAGUGCUUUUCCCUCUUCCAAAGGAGGAAAGACGAGCAGGCAUCAAAAGGGAGUUGGAAAAGAUUGAAUUGAAUGGAGAAGACCUUUACCUUCCUACUGACCUCACUAAAUUUGUAAGAGGUAUUCAGGUGGACAGUGGCAUACCUUUACAGUCUGCUGCUAAAGUUCCUAUUAUGAUAACAUUUAAUGUGGUGGAUCGUCAUGGAGAUCAUAAUGAUCUGAAGCCGCUAGGUUGCAUAUUCAAGGUUGGAGAUGAUUGUCGACAAGAUCUCCUCGCUUUGCAAGUAAUCUCACUUCUCAAGGACAUAUUUGAUGCUAUUGGCCUUAAACUGUAUUUGUGUCCAUAUGGAGUGCUCCCUACUGGUCCUGAGAGAGGAAUAAUUGAGGUUGUGGCUAAUUCACGAAGCAGAAGUCAGAUGGGUGAAACUACUGAUGGUGGUCUGUAUGAAAUAUUUCAACAAGAUUAUGGUCCAGUUGGUUCCCCAAGCUUUGAGGCUGCUCGUCAGAACUUCAUCGUUAGUAGUGCUGGUUAUGCUGUUGCAAGUCUCUUGCUUCAACCUAAAGAUAGACACAAUGGGAAUCUUUUAUUUGACAAUUUCGGAAGACUGGUUCAUAUUGAUUUUGGUUUUAUCCUGGAGACAUCACCUGGUGGAAACAUGCGGUUUGAAAGUGCUCACUUUAAGUUAAGUCAUGAGAUGACUCAAUUACUGGACCCAUCUGGCGUAAUGAAAAGUGAAACAUGGUACCAAUUUGUGGGCUUGUGUGUAAAGGGUUACCUUGCUGCUCGUCGAUAUAUGGAUGGUAUCAUAAACACAGUACUGUUGAUGAUAGACAGCGGAUUGCCUUGCUUCAGCAGAGGCGAUCCUAUUGGGAAUCUUCGCAAGAGAUUUCAUCCAGAAAUGAGUGAAAGAGAAGCUGCUAAUUUCAUGAUCCGUAUAUGCACAGAUGCUUAUAACAAAUGGACGACUGCUGGAUAUGAUUUGAUACAGUAUUUGCAGCAGGGCAUCGAGAAGUGAAAGAAUAACAAAUUUAUUUGUAAGUGUAUAUCUAAUCUUUAUGUAUCCUUAAUAGGUCAUUUUUUUUUCAAGGGAAAAUAACCAACCACUGUUAGUUCUUGGUUAGAGUUGUAGAAUUAUUGAACACAUAGAUAGAUAACACAAGUUUUAGUUGACAGUGGUAUUGGAUUCCUUGAAAUUUGUAAGAGAGGGGAAAAGGGUAAAAGUCUAAACUUAUAGUUUGAUUCCAGCUUGCUAAUUAAAAUGUAGAUUUUCCAUUGA